AUGACUUCUCCGAAGAAUACUGUAGCGUUCAUUGGCCUCGGGGUGAUGGGUUAUCCAAUGGCCAAGAAUUUGAGAAAAGGCCUUGGUUCUGACCAAAACCUCGUCAUCUGUGACAUCGACAAGGACACCAUCGCCCGCUUCCAAGAAGAGACGGCAGAAUACGGACCGGUAGGGGUAGUAGCAAACGGCUUCGAGGCCGCGAAAACGGCAGACGCAGUCAUAACAAUGCUCCCCGACUCCUCCGCCGUCGAAGCCGUCUACCUCGACCCAACCACCGGCAUCGUCGCCGGCAUCUCCGCCGCCGCGACCACCUCGACUCACGGCCAACACAAGCUAAUCAUGGAAUGCGGCACCAUCGAAACCGCCACCAUCGCCGCCGUCUCUGCCGCCGUCGACAAACUCCAAGCCACGGUCCGCGCUUCGCUCCCGCCCACCCUCCCACCCCGCCUCCCCGCCGUCCUCCCCACCAAGCUCCCCUCCCCCCACAACACCCUCACCAUCUCCUUCGUCGACGCCCCCGUCUCGGGCGGGCCGAUGGGCGCCCACGCCGGCACCCUCGCCUUCAUGGUCGGCGCCGCCACCCCUUCAGACUUCUCCCACGCCCGGGACACCUACCUCACGCACAUGGGCAGCGCAUCGUCCAUCUUCCACUGCGGGCCCGUCGGCGCGGGGACCGCGUUCAAAAUCAUCAACAACUACCUGUCAGCCAUCACCUCGCUCGCGGCGUCGGAAGCGCUCAACAUCGGCGUCAAGGCCGGCUUGGAUCCGAAACUGCUGACCGACGUCAUCAACGCGAGCGGCGGGCAGUGCUGGGUGACGAGCUGCGCUAACCCGGUCCCGGGGGUGCAGGAGGGGGUGCCGAGUUCGCGCGGGUACGAGGGGGGGUUCAGGUUGGAGUUGUGUGCGAAGGUGUUGGGGAUGGGGAGGAGGCUUGCGGAGGAGGUGGGGGCGAGGACGGUGCUGGAUGGGGUGACGGCGGAGGCGUUUGCGGAGGCCGGGGCGGAUGAGAGGUAUAGGGGGAGGGAUGCGAGGGUGGUGUAUAAGUGGUUGAGUGAGAGUGAGAGGAGGUGA